GUAAAAAUUAAUUUAGAAUGCGCCAAUUGUUAAAAUAUUCCCGAUAUUUAAUAAUUUUGUCAGGAAAAUGGCGAAAGCCGUACUUUCGAACAAAAAUGAGACAAACAAUUUACAAAAUCUAUUCUGAAGCAUUGCAGAUAAUAUAUUCCGUGUUAUGCUGCUCGAUGGCGUUAAAAUUCUUUAGCGUCUUAAAAGAGGGAGAUCUAGAAAAAUUGGCUGACUCGCUCGCAAUUACAUGCGUAUUGUCAGGUAUUAAGUCAUUAAUUUAUCGGUACGGAGGAUUUCUAGAUUUAUUCGAGAUCAUGCUGGAUGAGGAGCAAACAAUUUUAGCCAUAGAUGAUUUAGGUUUGACUAAGAUUUAUAAGGAAUUUGCAAAUUAUAUAUAUGUGACCUCGCGGAUAAUCUGCAUUUACAGUUAUACCACUGCAUCUUCCUUAGUGUUUUUUCGAUUUUUGAACGGUUUUCUAGACAACUAUACCGGCUCGGAAAAGCCCAUGAUAAUUACGGCAUAUUUUCCAUUCGAUCAGCAGGUACACUACAAGACAGCUCUGCUUAUCCAGACGAUUUUUCUAGCUAUACAAGUGCUAAACUACUGCAUGACCCAAGUUACAUACAUUACGGCAGCCACUUUCAUUAAAAUGGAACUGAAAAUGUUGCAGCAUGAGUUUAGGGAGUUCGAUCAGUUUAAGACGAUCUAUAACAUCAUAGAUGAUGAAGCUAUGAUGAUUAAGUUGAUCCGACGGCAUCAGUUUAUAAUAGGUUUCACCGCAGAUGUAAACAAAUCAUUAAGGUCAAGCUUCCUUGUAGAGUUCCUAAUGAGCUCGGUCAACAUUUCUUUUGUAGUUUUACAACUUAUAGCGAGUGAAACAAACAUGUUUCUACCCUUUACGUUAAAUUAUUUCAUUAUAUUGAUAGCCCAGUUAUUUAUACUAGCCUGGCACGCUAAUGAGAUCACCAUAGAGAGUAUUGGUAUAUCAUCUGCCAUAUGGGAACAUCCGUGGUACGAAAAACACUUAAAAAUCCAAAAAAUGAUGUAUAUGGUCAUAUGUCGGUCCCAUAAACCUUUAACUUUGACCAUCGGACCGUUCGGUAUCCUUACCAAUCAAACAGUAAUUAAGGUAAUUAACGCUUCAUACUCGUAUGUUACCAUUAUGAUUAAUAAUGUUAAUUAAUUCAUUAUAUCUAUGGAAAAUGGACUACAUAUAUAACCUGGACGCUAUAGAAACAAUGAAAUUAGUAGAAGACCAUAAUAGUACCUACUGAUAAUUAAUUAGACGUUAUUCUUGUA